AUGUGGGGCCGCAUCACGGAGUCCUUUAGCAAGGUUAAGAAGAAGGCAGAUGAGGUAGCUUCUUCUGUUCAGUCUGGCACAGCCCUUUUAUCUCGCGCGCGAGAUGUGCUGCUGAUUUUGGGGGGGGGCACGGAGCAUGCUGCUGCUGCUGCUGCUGCUGCUUUUGAAGGACUAACAGCAGAGCAGCUGCUGCUGCUGCUGGAGGAGCAAGCAGCAAAUGUCAGGUCGCCAGACGAGCUACAGCACGUGCUUCACAUCUGGACCACCCUGCUGCAGCACGACGACAACUCAGACGCUCCCCGCUUUCCGUCUGGUGACGUGGAGCAGCAGCAGCAGCAACAUGAAACAGCUGGCAACGGCUCUUCUGCAGCAAACCCCACAGCGCAGCAGCAGCAGCAGCAGCAGCGGGCAGGCAGCGAUUUCGCGCAGCAAAUUUCGAAGGAGCAGCAGCUGCUGCGCGAGCUGCAGCUGCCCCAGAAGUUUCUCAGUCCCGACUUCGGCUUUGCAGAGGUCAGUUUUACAGAAGUCAGCGGCAGCAGCAGCAGCAGCAGCAGCAGCAGCAGCAGAAAUAUUAGCAGCAGCAGCAGCAGCGGCUGCUGCUGCUGCCUUGGGUUCCUAUAG